CUGCCGAGGAGCGCCGAGCAGCGGAGCGCCGCGACGCCGCCGCCCUCGUGUGACGACGCCGCUGGUCGUUCCCCGCGCGCGCGACGCGAGUGCGAACACGCCGCGCCGGUAAAGUGUGACGGCGGUUGACACUGUGUGUGUGUGACUGUGAGUUGAGUGAUUGAGUGACGGGAGGCCUCCGCGGACUUGCAAACCACACCACCCUCUGGAUUACCGACGGCCGCUUUAGUUUUGGAUUUUACGCCCCGCCACCGAUACCCGCGCCGCGGAGGCAGGCGACCCCACCGAUAUGAUGACGCCUUUUUUACAUCGGAGCCCUCACUGAAGAAGGCGCUCCAGGCCCCAGCAUGCCCGGCGGCGCCAAGGUGCGAGCCCGGCGCUGCCUGCGCACGCAUGUCAACAGCCUCUGGUCCGUCUGGUACGGCGUCAUCGCCACCGCGUUGCAGACCUACGUGGCGCUGCAGGCCGCCAGGCGCUUCCUCGGCUUUGUGUCGCUGCCGUGGCCCGUGCUGGCGCCGCCGCCGCGCUCCGAGGUGCACGCCGUGGGCGGGCUGACGGUGGCGGCUGUCGUGCUGCUGCCCUUCUUCCUGGCCUCGGCGCUGCUGCGCGUCGGCAACCUGGCCAACGACGGCGUCAAGCUGGGCCACGAGCUGGCGGCGUGCUCCAGCGAGCCCGUGGCGCUCGUGGCCGCGAGCCACUGCCAGGGCCUGGCGCCGCACCCGCUGCGCGUGCUCUGGCUGCACGGCGGGCCCACCGCGCCCUUCCUGCACAUCGUCGUCGCCCUGCUGCUGCUCGCGCCGCGCCUCUGCAUGGAGGCCAGGCUCAUCCAGGCCGGCUUCCUCCCAAAAGAGUCGCUGUUCCGGCCCGACCUGACGGACUGGGGGCUGAAGCCCGACCGGCUGAUGCUGUCCAUGAUGCACCAGCCGCACGACGUCUUGUCCACGACGCUGGCGCCGCUGCUGCUCAACAACGCCACGCCGCCACGCUACGCCACCCCACCGCGCCACGCCCCGGCCGCCAGCGGGGCACCCCCGCCCAGGGUCGCGCCCCUGAUCCUGCUCGACAAGGGGCUCCGGGCGUGGGCUUCGUCGCCGGGCGAACUGCAGGAGCAACAUAUUUGUUGUGUUCAAAAUUAA